AUAUGCAUGUGUGUAUGUAUACUAAUUGAUCUUUUUAUUUUUGUGCCUUUUUCUUAUGUCGUUAUAAUAUGGUAAUUAAUUAAUGCUACUAAAAGGAUCGUGUUAGUGAAAUAAUGUUUUACAUGAUUAUUAGUAAUGGUUCUAAUGAUAUUAAUUAACGCUUCUAUGUUUAAUAAUGUUGUAAUAAAUAUAACUGUUAAUAAUUCUUCUCUUUUGAAUUGAUAGGAAUGAAUAUGAAUUUAUCCAUAGAAUCAUUCAACUGGUGGACUCAAAAAUAAUAAAUAAAACAUACUUUGAGGUUGCCAAUCAUCCAGUUGGAGUGGCAUCUCGUGUGCAGCAUGUAUAUUCCCUUUUACGCAUUGGAGAGACUGAUAUUGUACAUAUGGUAGGGAUCUUUGGAGUUGGUGGAAUUGGAAAGACAACUAUUACCAAAGUAGUAUAUAAUAUAAUUUCUUCUAAAUUUGAAGGUAGUUGUUUCUUGAAAAACAUUAGAGAAACUUCAAAGAGCGAGUAUGGUCUAGUCCAAUUGCAAGAGACUCUUCUUUCUAAUAUCCUAGGAGCAUCUUCGGUUUGUAAUAUUGGUCACGUUGACAGAGGAAUCAAUGUGAUAAAGAAUAAACUUCAUUAUAAAAGAGUUCUUCUAAUUCUUGAUGAUGUGGAUGAUUGGGAACAAUUGAAAGCUUUGGCUGGAAAUUGUGAUUGGUUUGGUUCAGGAAGUAGAAUCAUUAUAACAACAAGGGAUCAAAAUCUAUUGAGAAAUUAUGAAGUUGAUGCAACAUAUAAAGUGGAGGAAUUGAACCAUUAUGAAUCUCUAGAGCUAUUUAGUUUGUGUGCCUUUAAAAGAAAGCAACCGCUUAAUAACUACGUGGAACUUACACAACGUAUAAUACGUUAUGCUGGGGGCCUUCCUCUAGCUUUCAAAGUGCUUGGUUUGGAUCUAUGUGGAAGAAGUAUACAUAAAUGGGAAAGUGCUUUGGAAGAGUACAAAAGAAUUCCUCACAAGAAGAUUCAAAAAAUACUUAGAAUGAGCUAUGAUGGUUUGUGUGAAAGUGAGAAGAAUAUUUUUCUUGACAUUGCAUGUUUCUUUAAGGGAGAGAAUGUAGAUUAUGUUAAGAAAAUAUUAGAUAGUUGUUCUUUAAGUCCAGAUAUUGGAAUAAAAAAACUGAUGGAGAAGUCUCUCAUUACCAUUGAUGAUUGUGAUAAAUUUGAGAUGCAUGACUUGGUACAAGAUAUGGGUAGAGAAAUUGUUAGAGAAGAAUCACCAAAAGAGCCUGGUGAAUGCAGUAGAUUGUGGUAUCAUGAAGAUAUUCGUCAUGUACUUGAAGAAAAUACGGUAAGAAUAACUUUCAAAAAUGAUUUUAGUUUACGCAUGUUUGGUAAUUUACAAGAAAAUACGAAUUUUUUGCAACCAAAAACUUUGUCCACAAAAGUCAUUUAUGUUGCAGUGGAACCAAUUAUAAAAAUGUAGAUUUUUCUUAUAACUAUUUUCGAGUAAAUGGUGAUGAAGAAAUGCAUUUGUAAGUGCAUAUAUAUACUGGCUGUCCAUUGAACUAUAUAUUAUAAUUCUAGCAGUUACCAAAUUAUUAUAUAGAGGAUUUAAUGCUUUACUGUAUUGUCUCACCAUGCA